UCACCAGCAACAGAAGGAUGCCAGUGGAGAGAAGCCCUGGAAAGAAGAUAUGGAGAGUCCCUCGCUUGUGACCUGUUGCUGCUUCUACUUAUCUGGGAUGCCUGUAGCUAGUAUGGAGGUUGGGGAAGACUCCCCAGCCAUGUUAGGGCUUCUCCAGCACCAGGCCACUCUUAACACUAUGGAGCCACACAGUAACAAUGAGAUUUCACAGGAAUUUCUCAGUGGAAAAAGACAUCACCAGUGGGUGGAAUGUGAAAGAGCUGACAGCCAGAAACAGAAAGUUGCUUAUCAGAAAGGUCUCUGCUCUGGAGAUAUGAUUUAUGAGUAUAAUAAAUGUGGGGAAGUGUGUAGACAAAUGUUUAACCACCCUCCACAUGGGAGAGUUCACACUGGAGAAAAGCCUUAUGAGUGCAGUGAAUGUGGGAUAUCCUUUCGUCAAAAGUGUCGCCUCAUUGUACACCAAAGAGUUCACACUGGAGAAAAGCCUUAUGAGUGCAGUGAAUGUGGGAUAUCCUUUCGUCAAAAGUGUCGCCUCAUUGUACACCAAAGAGUUCACACUGGAGAAGAGCCAUAUGAGUGUAGCGAAUGUCGGAAGCAUUUCAGAGAAAAGGCUGCCCUCACUAAACACCACAGUGUUCACACUGGAGAAAAGCCAUAUGAGUGUAGCGAAUGUGGGAAGUAUUUCAGAGAAAAGGCUGUCCUCACUAAACACCACAGAGUUCACACUGGAGAAAAGCCAUUUGAGUGCAGUGAAUGUGGGAUAUCCUUUCGUCAAAUGUAUAACCUCACUAUACACCAAAGAGUUCACACUGGAGAAAAGCCAUAUGAGUGUAGUGAAUGUGGGAAGCAGUUCAGAGAAAAGGCUGCCCUCACUAAACACCGCAGAGUUCACACUGGAGAAAAGCCAUAUGAGUGUAGUGAAUGUGGGAAGCAUUUCACUGAAAGGGCUGAACUCACUAAACACUAUAGAGUUCACACUGGAGAAAAGCCAUAUGAGUGUAGUGAAUGUGGGAUAUCCUUUCGUCAGAGGUCUCACCUCACUAAACACCACAGAGUUCACACUGGUGAAAAGCCAUAUGAGUGUAGUGAAUGUGGGAAGCAUUUCCGUGAAAGGGCUGCCCUUAAUAUACACCAACGAGUUCACACUGGAGAAAAGCCAUAUGAGUGUAGCGAUUGUGGGAAACAUUUCAGAGAAAAGGCUACCCUCACUAAUCACCGCAGAGUUCACACUGGAGAAAAGCCAUAUGAGUGCAGUGAAUGUGGGAAGCAUUUCAGUGAAAGGACUACCCUCAAUAAGCACCACAGAGUGCACACUCGAUAAAAGCCAUAUGAGUGUAGUUAAUGUGGGAAAUCCUUUAGUGAAAGCUCUAUCCCCAGUGAAGACAAGAGAGUUCACACUGGUGAGUGUAGUGAGUGUGGGAUUCCUUUUAGCUACAACUAUAACCUGGUUAGACACCUGUAAUUUCACACUGGAGAAAAGAUGUAAAUGUGUAGGAAAUGUUUUAUUUUUCUCACUAAGAAUAAGAACACUUAAGGGGCUCUAUGGGACCCAUUUACAUGAAUGUAAACCCCUUUAAUGAGAACAUACACUCUGCUAGAUUCAUCAUAAAAUUGAGGUACAAAUGAGACUUGAAGGAUCUGUGUUGUACUUGCUAACAUGUCCAGACCUACAACCCAAAUGAUGUCACUGUGAGUGUUUAUCACUAAAGAGGUUUCAUAGCUAACACCUGCCUCACCUGAGGAGUGUGCAUCGGUCACAUUCCCUGGGUGCUCAGGGGAAUGUAUUCUGUGUUCUCGCUUCUGAUUGAGGUAAUUAUGAUUCCUCCAAGCUCUUGGCAGUAUCUUCAUUCAUUUCUCUAUGACUAGAAAAUGGACCUGACCCAGGAUUCAUCCAGAGCAGCUGUUCUCAGCUAAGCAGUGCUACCUCUUUCAGGGACAUAGUGGUACUCACAUU